AUAUAUUUUAUGUAAGGAUUAAUUGACAUCGAACCAAAACAAUAUUUAGAUUUCAUUCUUCAUGAGAGUUUAAUAGCAAGUACUACUCUCAAUAUUUUCAACUUGACUCCUAAUAGUAUAUCCUUCAAAGUAACCAUACUCUCAUCACAAGAUCAAAACUACAACACCAAAUAUGUUUUAAGUUAAACCUAGUAUGGGGAUCAUUUAACCAAACAGUUAAGCAUCCAUUGAUAUCACCACAACGUUGCCAAUAAAAGAAGAGAACAAAUUAAACUCUAAAUUUCAAAUAAAUGCUAGCACAAUUGAACAAAAUGAUGAAUAGGGUAUAUAAUCUAUGUAAAAACAAAGAUCUGGCUAACUUUUGGAAAUACAAAGAUGCAUCAUUUAUUUAAUAAGUAUAAGUGAAAAGUAGACUUAAAAUACAAGAAAUAAAACAAGAGAUUAUUCAAUAAGAAUUGUAAUAAAGUGUGAUUUCAGAGACACAUGAAAAUGUGAGUUAAAUGUAUUAAUCAGUUAUUGAUUCAUAAUCUAAAGAAAAAGAUGAAGAAAUUUAGAGAUAUUAAGAACAAAUUGAUUCUUUAGUAAGUUCUAUAUAUAUAUAUUUAUAGUAAAAAGAACUUUCUGAUUAUCAAUUAAUGUUAAAGAGUGUGAAAUAAUAAGAAGUGGCUGUUAAACAUCAUGGUAUAUUAUAUAUCUUAUUAUUAAAUAGGUAACAAAUUUGAAUUGAAACAAGUGUUGAUAAUUGCUGCAAUAUCGCUCAUUUUAGGAUUUAUAUUUGGAAAAUGAUUAAUUAAAAUUAUCAAUU